CUUUGGUCUAUAUGCAUGCCAAUGAUUCCCCAGGCAGGCACCAUGUUAGCCAGGCAAGAUUGUUCCACUACAAGAAAAAGGACCAAUACCGAGGGUUUAGUAGGAAGGGUUACCCAACCCCUGCUAGUUUUUUCGGAAUUCGUCGUAGCAAAGGUUUGUUUCAGGGUUUCGAAAACCCUCGCUAGCUUUAUACUACAGAAAACAGCUUUCUCUUUCCUUUCUAACAUUGCUUUUGGAAUCCCUCUUCAUUGAUUCCCAUUUUGGUUCUUUCCCAAACGAACCCAAAAUUGACAGUUAAAAUUGCAAGCAAACAAUUCUAAUUUUCUUGUUCUUUUUGGUCCUGUUCGUUGAGGGAUUCCGUCGGAGUGAAAGAAAUUGGAAAUCGCUCCAGACUCCCUCACUUCGGCCUCUGGUCUUCCUCCUCAAUCGCUCCGGCUAAAGUUGAUUGUUGUCUCCUUCACUCACUUCGACACGAUUCUCUGAUCCUCCGGCGGAAAGGAUUGUAGUGCUCGCCGCCACUGCUGCAUGCAUUCCAGGACUGAGAGAUCUUCACCUCGUGCUUUUGCUUCUUGUUCGCCGCCGCUGGCUGCAUGCAUUCCAGCACUGCCGUUCUUGCAUACAAUCGUUAUUGAAAUGACAGGGAUUUGUGCAGCUUCAGACAUUUGGAGUGUUGGGUGUACUGUGAUUGAACAUCUUAUUUGUGUACCUCCCUGCUAUGAUUUGCCGCAUAUGCCAGAUCUAUUUCGUAUUGUGCAGGAUGAUCAUCCCCCAAUACCUGAUAGUCUAUCUCCUGACAUUACGGAUUUCCUACGCCAAUGCUUCAAGAAGUGCCCGACGAUUGACGAGGCAGACAGGAUAUUAGAGGCAAACUUUGAGGAAGAAAUGAAUCAAAUUAUCAAGCUUUUACCAAAGGAUUGGAUUGUGCAGUAUGAUCCUCCUGAUGACCCCAAGGAACUCAGGAGAGACUGAUGGCGUCCUAUUAUGACUUGAGGAACUCAGCGAAAGAAGCUUACCGGUCUUACAUAUUGGCAUACAACUCACACUCCAUGAAAGAUAUCUUCAACGUCCACCACCUCAAUCUAUAGGAGGUUGCAGCUUCAUUUGUCUUCUCUGGCCAACAGCACCAGGAGGAAAGCUGCAUAGGCAGGAAUGCGUUUCCUAUGUAUCACCAACUUCAGGAUAGAACCUACUUGUGGUGAAGAUAUGUCUCUUAUGAACAGGGGGCAACUCCUGCUCCUGCUCCUGCUCCUGCUCCAUCUUUAGGUUCUCAAGCGUCCUUAUAAAGAAGUUUGGAUCAUGAUCAAUGUAGCUUUUAAGUGUUUAGAAUACAAGGUAAUUACCAUGCUUCUUUGGAUUAUGUUGGAAUCUUUUUUGUAAUUAACUUGUAGCCAUGUAAAUAAUAUUUGGAUCACGAAUCAUAUUUAUGUUUAUGGUAUGAAUGAUGAAUUAUUGACGAGUAAAGUGCAUGGAAUGAAUUUGGUU